UCUUAAAUUCAAUAAAGAGUCCCUAAACACAAGAUGGGUAGGGAGGACAAGGCAACUUGGAAGUCAAACUACUUCACCAAACUUAUCCAACUUUUGGAAGACUUUCCAAAGUGUUUCAUUGUGGGCGCUGACAAUGUCGGCUCGAAGCAAAUGCAGCAAAUCCGUAUUUCAUUGCGGGGUAGCGCAGUGGUCCUUAUGGGGAAAAAUACCAUGAUGCGCAAAGCGAUUAAAGGUCAUCUUGAACGCAAUCCCGCUUUGGAAAAAAUCUUGCCACACAUCAAGGGCAAUGUCGGUUUUGUCUUCACCAGAAGCGACUUGGUCGAAAUCAGGGACAAGCUUGUGGAAAACAAAGUUAAGGCUCCUGCCAGAGCUGGUGCUAUUGCUCCUUUGCCUGUUGUUAUUCCUGCACAAAACACCGGAUUGGGUCCUGAAAAGACAUCUUUCUUCCAGGCUCUGAGUAUCCCCACCAAGAUCUCAAAGGGUACUAUUGAAAUCAUUAACGAUGUCCACAUCUUGAAACCUGGCGACAAAGUCGGCGCCUCCGAAGCAACUCUCCUCAACAUGUUGAACAUCUCGCCCUUCUCAUAUGGUCUUCAAGUCGAACAAGUCUACGAUUCCGGUACCGUAUUCGCGCCCGCUAUUUUGGACAUCAAACCUGAAGAUUUGAAAGCCAAAUUUUUGGCCGGAGUUCAAAACUUGGCUGCCGUUUGUUUGUCUAUCGGUUAUCCAACGGUUGCAUCUGCUCCACACAGCAUCGCCAACGGUUUCAAGAACUUGUUGGCCCUCGCCGCUGUUACAGAGGUUGAGUUUGAACAAGCUAAGACUAUCAAAGAAUUUAUCAAGGACCCCAGCAAGUUCGCUGCUGUCGCCGCUCCUGCGGCUGCUGCACCCGCAGCGGCAGCAGCUGCAGCUCCUGCAGCCAAAAAGGAAGAGAAGGAGGAGUCCGAAAGUGAAGAUGAUGAUAUGGGUUUCGGUCUCUUUGACUAAGGAAAAAAUCCGUUUUAGGUUGUUUUUACAAUGUGACGGUUUAUUUGCUGUUUUGCUCAGUCAGACUGUCAAAUAAAUAAUGGAACUAAU